AGCCAGUGGGAGGAAGGGGGCGGGCUGCGACGCCAAGCGUGGGACUCAGUUAAAGGUGCAGCGGAGGCGGGUCUAAGAGGUUAGUUUUAUUUUAUGAUGCCAAAAAUGAAUGUGGAAAAAAAAGAAAAGAAGGCAGAAAAGAGAAAAAAGCUCAAGCAACCUGUGGCCCAACAGGAAGAGCUGGAAUCAGAAAGUGAACCAGAGAAAAAGAAACAAGAUCUGCAGGCAGCAGAAGAAGAGGAGGAGCUUGCAGCAGAAGAAGAGGAGGAGCUUACAGCAGAGGAAAGGAGGAAACUGGAGAGAAAAUUAAAAAAGGAGCGGAAGAAGAAGGAAAAGCAGCUGCUGAGGGAAGCUGGAAUCCCUACUAAAAAGGUGGCACCCAAAAAACCCUCAGCAUCUGAGCUGGCCCUGGCCUAUUUAACCAGCUGGUCUGAAAACCCAGAAGAAUGGAAGUUCCAGAAGACAAGACAAACCUGGCUGCUCUUGCAUAUGUAUGAUAAAGAGAAGGUUCCAGACAAGUAUUUCACCAUUUUAUUGGAUUACCUGCAAGGGCUUCAAGGCAGUGCACGAGACCUAACUGUGCAGAAAGCUGAAGCUUUUAUGAAGGAAUUUGAUGGCUCUGAUACGGAAGACCCAAACCUGUUGGAGAAGUGCGAGCGCAUUCGACAAGUUCUGCAGCUGCUGUCCUGAGAGUGUUUCUGUCUCUUGAUGGUUGUCUGGUGGAGAGGAGGAUAGGGUGUCCUAUACAGAGACUACAAAUUAGUUGUAAAGAUGGGUUUUCUAAUAAGAGUGCUAACAGUCAGCGUUGAGAUUUUGUACUCAUCCUUUUUUUAGCCAAUUGCAGUUAUUUAUCGUGUUUUGAGGUGAUGAAAUAAAAAGAUCUGAUUCCCCGGCGUGCUGCUAAAAGUAAUCUUACUGCAAAUCUUUACAAAGAUCAACCUCUCUCCCCUGUUAGGUUUUUCUCCACCUCCCCCUCUAAUUGCUUUUAAACAAGAGG